AUGGCUCAAGUCGAUACUUUGGACGUUAUUGUCCUCGUCCUGCUCCUGCUGGGCAGCAUUGCCUACUUUACCAAAGGCACUUAUUGGGGUGUUCCCAAAGAUCCCUAUGCCACCUCUGCCCUCAAUGGCAGUGCCACCAAGAAAGGCUCACGAAAUAUCAUAGAGAAGAUGGAGGAAACAGGCAAGAACUGUGUCAUUUUUUACGGCUCUCAAACCGGCACUGCCGAAGAUUACGCCUCCCGUCUUGCCAAAGAAGGGCAUGCUCGAUUCGGACUGAAAACCAUGACUGCAGACCUGGAAGAUUACGACUAUGAAAACCUCGACACUUUUCCUGAAGAUAAAGUUGCUUUCUUCGUCAUGGCCACCUACGGCGAGGGUGAACCCACCGAUAACGCAGUCGAGUUCUGGGAAUUCAUCAACGGCGAUCCUCCUUCCUUCUCCGAAUCGUCUGAUGAGAAGCCGUUGGGCAAUCUGAAAUACGUUGCGUUUGGGUUGGGUAACAAUACGUACGAACACUACAAUUCGAUGGUGCGCAAUCUGGACAAGACCUUGACCAAACUUGGUGCCCAGAGGAUUGGUGAGGCCGGUGAAGGAGACGACGGAGCUGGCACUAUGGAAGAAGACUUUUUGGCCUGGAAAGAACCCAUGUGGGCUGCCCUGGCCAAAAAGAUGGGUCUCGAAGAACGCGAGGCCGUCUACGAACCCGUUUUCAGCGUGGACGAACGAGAAGAUCUAUCGCCGGAAAGUGACGUUGUCUAUUUGGGCGAACCCAACAAGAGUCACUUGGAGAACGCCCAAAAGGGACCCUACAAUGCGCACAAUCCCUUCAUUGCUGCCAUUGCCGAGUCCAGAGAGUUGUUCACUGUUAAGGACCGAAACUGCCUGCACAUUGACGUGGACAUCUCUGGUUCUGGCAUCUCUUACACCACCGGUGAUCACAUCGCCGUGUGGCCUACCAAUGCCGGUAUGGAAGUGGAUCGAUUCAUGAAGACUUUUGGAUUGGAAGACAAGCGACACACGGUCAUCAGCAUGAAAGGACUCGAUCCUACCGCCAAAGUGCCAUUCCCCACCCCCACCACCUACGAUGCCGCCGUCCGUUAUCACAUGGAGAUCUGCGCCCCCGUCUCUCGUCAAUUCAUGGCCACCUUGGCCGCGUUCGCUCCGAAUGAGGAAGCAAAGAAAGAGAUGACCAAAUUGGGUUCCGAUGCGGACUAUUUCAAAGAGAAGGUGUCUUCACAAAUGAUGAACAUUGCCCAAGCUGUCGGUGCGGUGAGCUCCGAACCGUGGUCCGCAGUUCCCUUUUCUUGCCUCGUCGAAGGCCUCAACAAGCUCCAGCCUCGUUACUACUCGAUUUCGUCUUCGUCUCUCGUCCAACCGCAAAAGAUCUCCAUUACGGCCGUGGUGGAAUCGAUUCGCAUUCCCGGCGCAGGCCAUGUGGUCAAAGGUGUCACUACCAACUACUUGCUGGCCUUGAAGCAAAAGCAAAAUGGGGACCCAGACCCAUCGCCUCAUGGUCUUAGUUACGCCAUCAGCGGCCCUCGCAACAAGUACGAUGGAAUUCAUGUUCCCGUGCAUGUCCGUCAUUCCAACUUUAAGCUGCCAUCAAACCCGAGCAAACCAAUCAUUAUGGUCGGUCCUGGAACUGGGGUUGCUCCAUUCCGAGGUUUUGUCCAAGAACGUGCUGAACUGGUGAAAAAGGGUGAAGAUGUUGGCCAUACAGUUCUCUUCUACGGCUGCCGUAAGUCCACCGAGGACUGGCUUUACAAAGAAGAAUGGGAGGAAUAUAAGAUGGUCCUGGGUGACAAGCUGACCAUUUUCAAUGCCUUUUCCCGAGAAACAUCAAAGAAGGUGUAUGUGCAACAUCUGAUUAAAGAAAAUGCCAAACUUGUCAAUGAUCUCCUGCAACAAAAGGCCAACUUCUACGUGUGCGGUGAUGCUGCCCAUAUGGCCCGCGAAGUCAACGACGUUCUGGGACAGAUCAUUGCCGCAGAACGAGGUGUGGACGAGAAGAAGGCAGAACAAGUGGUCAAGAGCAUGCGCAGCAGCGGUGUCUAUCAAGAAGAUGUUUGGUCGUAA